CUGCUCCCCAGAUCUAGUAGCGAAUAUAUACCACAUACCCAUUCUAUUUGCCUCUCUUCUCCGUCUGUUUCAUCCUCCCCGUUUCACAUCACACCCCACAUGCAGCAACGACCCACCUGCACUAAUGUUCGCAUCCGCUCGACUCGUGAUGCUCAUAAAAUAUUCUAUGCAGUACAGCUCCGUAUGCUCCCAAUGAUAACAAGGCGCCUUGACGCCGACGAACGUCUCGCCCUAUCUUCUGGUUGCAUCUAUGCAUGGGAAGAAAGAGGUCCCCACACUGAAAUAACCGGUUUGGGUAUUGAGCGUUUCACAGAGGGACGUCGAUGGAGUCCCUCACGCGUCAGAGACGAAUUUCUCUUCUACUAUGAGAAGUAUACCCCACCAGCAGACGCAGGUCAUUCAGGGUCUUCUGACAAACAGCCCCCUCGCGAUUGGGAUCCCUUGGUAAAACAAACUUAUUCUGUUUGGGUCGAAACCGACAAGGGCCGCCGCAAGUGGCACUUGACCGCAUACUUCACCCAGGCCACAGUUGAUGAGCUAGGCACCAUAGACAACAUCCCAGGUGUCGCUGACCUCGUGGUCCCAGAGGGAACAUUCCAAAGCACCCGAGUUGGCAAAACUCGCAAGGGCGAAGACAGUCGCUCAAGAUCCGAUGUCUUGAAGACAACUAAUUCUACCGUGACCCGGACGUACGCUCCGUUUCCUACUGCUUACUCCAGCCAGCCUUCCCACUACCCUAAUUCGCCACAAUCAUCGUAUUCUCAGUCAGACGACCCAUACCGUUCAGGUUUGGGUCAGCCUACGCAGCAGUUUCGCCCGCCGAUAUCUGAUAUCCCUCAGUAUUCGGUUCCCCCGCCCCCUCCACCCCCUUCUCUCCCUCCCCUUCGCCCUUCGUACGACGACGACUACAAAUACCGUCGUCCCUCCCUCCCCACCAUACCCCAGUCAGAGCAUAGCUCAGCGUUUUACGGUCGCCGAAGCUCUGCCGAUUACUCCGCGUCUGGAACUAUUCCUCCCUUGGCCAGGACUCGUACAGAUACAUCAUUGAAGCCCUUUGCUGAAUAUCAUGCCUCCAAUGAUCAUCAUGGGUCUUCCCCCGCAUUUGGAGCCAGUAUGAAUUACCCUCAUACUUCGAGCAGCAGCACAAGUGGUGCACAUCGGGCGUCUGAGGACCCCUACUCCUCCCGACCUUCUUUCUCAUGCUCAUUUAAUGUCCGCCCAUCACAUUCGCCGCCUCCCUCUCCCUCGUAUCAUUCAGCCAGCUUCCCUUCCCCUCACAACACACCACACAUCUUACUUCCCCCUCCCGCGCAGCUCUUCCGGUCCGAUCCUCCUCCACAAUAUGAAGUGGCAUCUGCCGCGGACCCAAGCAGCAUUGGACCGCAGCGCGUUGGCCUGGCGCCUUUACAUUCGUUACAGCGCAGCCACCCCUACAAACGAGACCCUGUAGACGACAGAGCCCUUCGGCUGCUAGGACCACGUUCCGGGUGA